UGUCUCUACUACCCUAGAGAACAGAGACUACUAGACUAGAGACUCUACACUCUAGUUAAGCAGUUCAUUCUUCUGUGUUUUUCGUUUGUUCUGGCUGGACUUAUUCUGGCGUUCAUGAAAAAGGUACGCUGCAGAAAAAUGUUUCAGUUUUACCUAUGUUUUGUUUUAUUUACCUGACAAGUUUUUCUGUAACGUUAGACGGAUCGAGAAGGUACAAAGCAAAGUAGUCGUAACAAAGUCCAUCCAAAUUUCAGUUUGACUGAAAACGAUUUAGAAAAAAUACGACUUACACCUGAAUUUUUUAUAAUAAGUUUUCGAACGUAGUAUAUACAGAGGUAACCCCAAAACCGCCUAAAACAGUUAGCUAAUAUUACUUGUAAAGAUUAGCUGCAUAGAUCAGCACACAUUGUUCAAUAAUUGUGCUCAUUUUCGUUAGACUGUAUUUUUAUUUUUAAGUACUGUCACCCACAAAUACCGUAUCCUCUUUCCAACUUCUAUUAAUUUUCCAUUAAUAUCGAGAGCGAUGGAGGGGAGAAGCUAACAGACCUUUACGAGAAAAAAGAGAGAAAAUGUUGGCUGCUAAAGAUCACCUCGUGUGAAACGUGUUAGCCAAUGCAACAAACAGACUUCUUUAGAAUGUGUAUAAUGCAACCCUUUAGGAGUAUCAAUGCUGCUGAGAGGAGUAAAAUACAUCACGUGUAUUUACUCUGUAGCAGCUGGUAUAAAUUAUACCGUGCAAGCCUUUCAAUCAAUCAUAAGUGAAAUCAAACAAAACUUGGAUACCUAACCCACUUAACUGAAUUGCAACAUCGCCAGUAACACUAUAGUUACAAGCAGUAUGUGGUUGAAUGCCAUGCUACGUUAUUAUACCGGGUAUCUACGUAGAACAGAAAGUUCCUAACAAACAACUUCAUGGAUCUUAUUUCUUUUAUGUCGCUGAUUAGCUUGAACACGACCCCAUUAUUUAUUAAUGAGGAAUUCUAUGCUUUUCGUUUCAGUCCCCAUAUGAUUGCUUUUCGGUUGAAAACUAGUUUAGGUUGGCUCAUAAUCAGAUGUCAUCGACGAAGUUUGGCUUUCAAAAUAGCCUUCUCCUUCGGUAUGAUUAGACUUUCUGAUACGUAAAAUUACUCAAGUUUUACCCACCAUUCUAGUUGAAUGGGGGAUCUGACGAACUUAUAUAUUCGAAAAUAGAAGAAAAUUGAACUUGAAAAUGAAAACGCUCUUUAAAUUCAAAAUCGUAGAAACAUGUUAUUGAAUGGGGUGUCAAUUGGCUAACCGGUAAAGUCUUGCACGAAACAACUACUCAUAAUGCCCUUACGUGACCAACUGUACGAAAGGAGCGAUACAGUUUAAACCUAAGGUGGCACGGUGAAAGUGAAUUGUGUAGCAUGCCUAUUGAUAAUUGUUGGUAGACAUGACAUAAAAAUAACUCAACAGACCUCGCAUAAGAACCUUAACAGUGAAAGGUGGGCCAGCGCACUUGAUUGAGUACCUGCCAGUUUCCAUAAGUGUGGAAAACUCCACGCCGUGUUCCCAAGGUGCGACUCUUUCCGACAGAAAAAGAGUAAUCUACAACUUAUACGGAACCAAAUCUACAUGUCCUAGCUGUCAAGAGGAUGGUGAAUGGAUCUUAAUUAAUUUUUACAUCUGCGGUUUGAAAAAUUUCAUCUAGGCGUUCGUAAAAGACAUUGUUGUACGGCUCAUAGAUAGGUAAAGAAAGAAUAAAUCCCCAUUUUCAGAGAGAACAAGUAGGGAGUUGCCUUGGUGAUGGUGUGGGGGUUAUAUCGAUUGCAAGCUCUUCAACCCUCAUCCGGUUGUGUAUUUCCGGCAUGCCUAGCAGUUUGGUCGGGUCAGCCGUACUGGUUUGCACAGUUCUCUUUCCUUUCGCCCAGCUCUAGGUUGUGUAAUCAGGUAUGGAAAAACCCUCACUGAUGGAACUAAAGCGUCAACAGUGGGCUCGCGAAAGAGAGGAGGCAAAGAUCGACUGGUGUCCGUGGGGUCGGCCAGGAUGUGGUGCACCUCUAAAAUGGCAACGUACCUCCGCUCGUAGCGAUUCACGCCUGACUCCUGCCGACAAUAAAAAAGAUGACAACUAUCUGCCUCCACUCAAUUGGUCGACACACCAACACGAACCACUUCAAGCGCCCGCCACUGCACCGCCACUGCCUCCACCUCGAGGUUCAAAGCGUCACGUUAGUCACCCUGUGACUGACGGUGAAACUUCUGGCUACCAAAGCGACAAUCACUUUAUCGAUCCAUCAGUAAAUUACCACCUCCGACCUCGUCAUCAACAGUCUUCCCCUAGGGAACACAAAGUUACAUGUUUACCACCCCAUAGCCCUUCAGUAAUAAAGCACUCAGCUAAAGAACAUCUCGAUUCGGAUCAUCACGAUGGAUCAAACGGUAUCUCGGCUAGGGCCGAUCACAAGUUCCUUGAGCGCAAGAAAUGGGUCCAAGACGGUACCGUACCCUACGACUUGUAUCCAGAGUGCCUCCCUCAGAUUUACGAUAGAUCAACCCCACCUCGAUGGGUGGCCCGGCCGAUGAAUACAUUUGCUCAGACCGAGUUUCAUACGUCAGGCGACAGUCCCAACAUCAGCCAUCGUGCUAUUCAGCAUUGCGCAACCAAUGCGGCUCCCAGCUUUCUGCGUGGUCAGAAUGUCGUGGUGGAUGUCGCCGAGUUGGCAGAAAGGGAGAGGAAGCGAGCCAAAGCCAAUGAACUGCAGCGCGUGCUCCUCCAGCAGUUGGCCGAGAAGGAAAACCAAAAGCUUUUGGAGCGCAAAAGGCAACAGGAGGAAGAAGAGCGACAAGAGCAAGAGCUUCGGAGACAUUUGGAAGCCGAGAGACGACAGAUCGAAGAAGAGCAAAGACGAAUUCAGGAGAAAAAGGAAGCAGAAGAACGGCGUUUAGAGGCAGUGAAAGAGGCCAUCGCCGGCGCCCAACAGAACGCCUUAGCGGAGAAACAAGCACGCAGGAGAAACCUACAGAACCGUUCGAUACCGCCAGCGGACAAUGACCCGCCAACUGCGGUUGACAGAUCAUCGUUCACUUCUACUGUCAGAAGUGAAGAAAGGUCGACGUCAGCGCAGCCGCAAAACGAACCGAUCGAGCUGCGGCACGCCAUUUUAACACCACGUUCGCCACUACAAGAAAAACGCACUUUAACUCGCUCCUCAGUCGAUGCGGAAGUUCAGACAGAUCAGCACCCUCAAGUUACUUGUCGAUGCGAAAACAACCCACGUUCCCGUCAGUUUCGACAGAGAAUUGCGGCAACAACAGAAGAUAGCACUGUUGAACGCCCGGCCACGCGAAUGUCUAUGAUAGCCAUCAAAAGUCAAACAUCCACCAGCACGGCCAAUCGUCCGUUAUGGGGUGCUCAUAAGACAAAUGCGAAAUACCAAGUUGUACAGAGUCAGACGGAGAAGGAUCCUCGUUUUCUUCAACGUCGCCGUGAACGCCUCCGACGCCGCCAGAAGCUAUUACUUGAAAAGCAACUCCAUGGUUCCUGGCCAUCAAGUGAGAAUUCAGGGAGCCAGGAAGAGAUGGGGGGUAUAUUCUUCCCGUUUUUACCUGGCAGCGGAACCGCCGUACCACACGAAAGGUAUUACGAAGCCCUCCAGGCCGCUGCUGUUAGCCGCUAUUACAAGAAAGCUCCGGCCAUCAACACCCACCACAGUCACGGCAAAUCGAUUGGAGCCAACCAGUCAGAUGUAGAAUUGAUUCAACCCAUCCAACCGACUCCGGUACCGCUACCGUCCGUCGCCCCCACACGAUCCCAAUCAAGACUGAUGUCGUCGCCACCUGUUCCAGCUGUCCUCAAAAAGAUCCAGAUGUCAAAUGGUGAUACCGCAUCUGGCGAUAAACAUGAAUGGGAUAAUUACGAUUCGGCUGAUCAAGUCGUUAAAAUCGAUAAGGACUUCGAGAAUUUGCAGAUCAAAGAACAAAGAAUUUGCACGGAACAAGAUAAACAGGAUCUUCUCUAUCGCUUAUCUAUCCUCAAGCAGAGCUUAGAACAGAGAAAAACAGCCUUAGACAGAGUGUCUCUGAAUUCUCAAUAAUCACGGCUUCCUCAAGGAAUUUUUUUAAGCUUCUUCCUCACUUCCGUAAACUGUGUGUUCGAUUGUCUGCGCAAAAAUACAGAUUUUUACUUAAGAAAUACAGAAAAUACAAGCGCGGUUAUAAUUUU